CGGCAGAGCCCUCCCCCUUGGCGCCGAGGUGCGCUCGGCGGGAUGUGUUGAAGUGCCCCGCAGAAGCCAAAGAAGUUGCCUGCGCGGCGUGGCCCCGGCGGCCGGACGGCGGAGAGCGCCCGCCGCUUCUUGCCUGACCCGACCCGACCUCGUUCCGUUUCCCUCCCCUAGGGCUGCUCCCCGGCGGGGCUCCCGGCGGCCAGGGUGAUGCGGCUCGUCGGGAAGUGAGAGACGGUGCGUCCCGCGCGGGCCGAGGGCCCCCCUGCCUCGGAGUCUCCCAUGCUUUCGGGGCCCCCUCGGGUGGCGGCGGCCCCGCGGGAGGCGGGGGUGGCGCUGCCGUGAUGGCCCUGGAGGAGAAGCGGGAGAAGCGCCCGCCCGUCACCCCCAUGAUGAUCGAGGAGGAGGCCGCCCUGCGGAACGGCAGCCGGGGGCUUCCGCCGGGACCCUGGGCCGAGGCGGCGGGGCCAAGACCCCGCACCACGGAGCGGCACAUCGCCGUGCACAAGCGCCUGGUGCUGGGCUUCGCUGUCUCCAUCCUGGCGCUGCUGGCGGUGACCAUGAUCGCCGUGCUGCUCAGCGUCCGCUUCGAGGAGUGCGGCGCCGCCGCCGACGGUCCGCCGCGGGCCGGCGGCAACGGGAGCCUCUCGGGGGCAGCCCGGCAGCCGCCCGGUGCGGAGCAGCCCCCGGGCCAGUCGGAGGAGGAGGCGCGGGGCGGGGAAGCGGCGGAGGAAGAGGAGGAGGAGGAGGAGGAGGAGGAGUGGCAGCGGCGGCGGGAGCUGCCGCCCUGGGCCCGGCCGCGGCUGCCGCGGCACCUGCGGCCGCUGCACUACAACCUGAUGCUGAGCGCCUUCAUGGAGAACUUCACCUUCAGCGGGGAGGUGAACGUGCAGCUGGAGGUGCGUAACGCCAGCCGCUACAUCGUGCUGCACGCCCACCGCAUGCACAUCGAGGCGGUCCGCGUGGCCGAGGACAAGCUGGCCGGCGGUGUGCGGGUGGCCCGCACCUUCUUCUACCCCCAGACCCAGGUGUUCGUCGUGGUCCUCAACCGUAGCCUGGAGGUGCAGAGAAGUUACAACCUUAAGAUCAUCUACAACGCCCUCAUCGAGAACGAGCUGCUGGGCUUCUUCCGCAGCUCCUACGUCCUCCACGGCGAGCGAAGGUUUCUUGGUGUUACACAGUUUUCUCCUACUCACGCCAGAAAAGCCUUUCCUUGCUUUGACGAGCCCAUCUACAAGGCCACAUUCAAAAUCAGCAUCAGACAUCAAGCAACUUACUUAUCUUUGUCAAAUAUGCCAGUUGAAACUUCUGUUUUUGAAGAAGAUGGAUGGGUUACAGAUCACUUUUCACAGACUCCUCUCAUGUCCACCUAUUACCUGGCUUGGGCAGUGUGCAAUUUUACUUACCGGGAAACUGUCACCAAGAGUGGAGUAGUUGUACGGUUAUAUGCAAGGCCUGAUGCAAUCCGAAGAGGAUCAGGGGACUAUGCUCUAAAUAUUACAAGGAGACUCAUUGAGUUUUAUGAAGAUUAUUUUAAAGUGCCCUAUUCCCUGCCAAAAUUAGAUCUGUUAGCUGUGCCUAAGCAUCCAUAUGCUGCUAUGGAAAACUGGGGACUGAGUGUUUUCGUGGAGCAAAGGAUACUGCUAGAUCCAAGCAUUUCUUCUAUUUUAUACCUACUGGAUGUCACCAUGGUCAUUGUACAUGAGCUAUGUCAUCAGUGGUUUGGUGACCUUGUGACUCCAGUUUGGUGGGAGGAUGUGUGGUUGAAAGAAGGUUUUGCUCACUAUUUUGAAUUUGUUGGGACAGACUACCUCUACCCAGGAUGGAACAUGGAAAAGCAGAGAUUUCUGACAGAUGUCCUGCAUGAAGUGAUGUUGCUGGAUGGGUUGGCCAGUUCACAUCCAGUAUCCCAGGAGGUGCAGCAAGCCUCAGACAUUGACAGGGUGUUUGACUGGAUUGCCUAUAAAAAGGGUGCAGCUCUGAUUCGAAUGUUGGCUAACUUUAUGGGUCACUCUGUGUUUCAAAUGGGCUUACAAGACUAUUUAACCAUUCACAAGUAUGGCAAUGCAGCCAGAAAUGAUCUCUGGAACACAUUGUCAAAGGCUUUAAAAAGGGUUGGAAAAUCUGUAAAUAUCCAAGAGGUAAUGGAUCAGUGGACACUACAGAUGGGUUAUCCUGUUAUCACUAUCUUGGGAAAUGAAACUACAGACAACAUCAUAGUCAUCUCCCAAGAGCGUUUUGUUUAUGAUAGUGAUGCUAAACCCAAGGACCCUGCCCGUGGGGACAACAGCUACUUGUGGCAGAUUCCAUUAACAAUUGCAGUAGGAAAUACGAGUCACAUCUCAUCAGAGGCAAUUAUAUGGGUGUCUAACAAAUCAGAACACCACAGAAUUCCUGCUUUGGAAGAGGCAAGUUGGUUGCUGGGGAACAUCAACCAGACUGGAUACUUUAGAGUUAAUUAUGAUAUUAGGAAUUGGAGGCUGCUAAUUAAUCAGCUAACAAGGAACCAUGAGGUUCUCUCUGUCAGUAAUCGAGCAGGCUUGAUUGAUGAUGCAUUCAAUCUAGCCAGAGCUGGUUAUUUGCCUCAGAAUAUUCCUUUGGAGAUUAUGAGAUACCUUUCAGAAGAAAAAGAUUUUCUGCCUUGGCAUGCUGCCAGCCGAGCUCUUUAUCCUCUAGAUAAAUUGCUGGACCGUACAGAAAACUACAAUAUCUUCAAUGAGUAUAUUCUAAGACAAGUUGCAUCGAUGUAUCUGAAGCUUGGAUGGCCAACAAACAAUUUAAACAAGUCACUUGUUCAAGCAUCAUACCAACAUGAAGAGUUGCGUCGGGAAGUCAUCAUGUUGGCCUGCAGCUUCGGGAACAAGCACUGUCACCAGCAGGCUGCAACAUUAAUCUCGGACUGGAUUUCUAGCAAUAGGAACCGAAUCCCUCUCAAUGUGAGAGACAUCGUCUACUGUACAGGAGUUUCACUGAUGGAUGAAGAUGUAUGGGAGUUCAUUUGGAUGAAAUUUCAUUCUACCACAGCAGUGUCUGAGAAGAAAAUAUUAUUAGAAGCCUUAACUUGCAGUGAUGACAGAAACUUGCUCAACAGACUUUUGAAUUUGUCUCUCAACUCAGAAGUUGUCCUGGAUCAGGAUGCAAUUGAUGUGAUAAUCCACGUAGCUCGAAAUCCACAUGGAAGGGAUCUUGCUUGGAAGUUUUUCAGAGAAAAAUGGAAAAUACUAAAUGCUAGAUAUGGAGAAGCAUUAUUUAUGAAUUCGAAGCUUGUCAGUGGGGUCACAGAAUUCCUCAAUACUGAAGGAGAACUAAGAGAGCUAAAGAACUUUAUAAAGAGUUAUGAAGGGGGAGCUGCUGUCUCUUUCUCUCGUGCUGUGGAAACAGUGGAAGCCAAUGUGCGGUGGCAAAGGCUUUAUAAGGAAGAACUGUUCCAGUGGCUAAGAAAAUCCUUGACACAGUAAUCUGUCUUUUUAGCCAAUCAUUUAACAUGACCCACUGCAAGAGGAAGAGGAGACAUUUUAAAAGUGUUCAACAUGAAAAUCAUGAAGACAAGAUCAGAUUGCAGGGAUAAGGUUUUUUGUUUUAUUGUUUUUUUCAUUGUGGAUUUUUCUUUUUACACUGAACUCUUGUGAAAUUGUCAAGAAGAUUUUCAGAAGAGAAGAUCAUGAGUUCUUGUGAAACCUAGUCCUCAAUGUACACAACCAAACAUGAUAUUAAGUGGUGCAUGUAAAUGUUGAAAAAAACCAAACAAAAAAAUCCUUCAAAGACUAUUUAGUGCAUGCUUGUACUGUCUCUGCCUGUAUUUUAGCAUGCUUAUGUAUAACAGCCACAUUUUGUAUGUGAGUUCCGGUUACAUCAAAGUUGGGCAUUAUACAAAGCACAAAGACUCUACGACAAUCACUAUUUCAAUGAACAAAAGGAAAGCAAGGAAAUGCAGAAGGCUUCCAGCUUGGGGCAGUAUGAGAUGUAAAAUCAGCUUUCCCACUUGCUGCCAGUUUGUCUACCACUCAGAUUGUCUCUAAUGAUUACAAAGAUGCCAGCUCAUUUUUUGAGUUACCAGUUGUAUCUGCAGUCUUAUAUUUAAUAUUCCUAUAUUUAAAUAAGCAGAAUAGUUAGAGAGAAGAGAAAGAGAAGAGGGCCAGGAGUGGGGUUGAAGAGAGAAAAUGAGAAGGACAUCAUCAUUACAUUAUAAUCAUAUACAUUUGUUCACUGCUGAUCGGUGAAACAGUUUCAACUGUGAAUGUGUGCUGGGGCAGGAGCUUUGCAUUGAUAUCACAGAAUCCAUGAACCACCUCUUCUCAGCUACUUUACAAGGCACUGAUGCUCACAAUGGGUCACCCAGGUCACCCAGACUGUGCAGUAAUUUUUGUAGCUCAUAGUGCACAAGUAUUAUAAAUAAACAUGAGAUUCAAAUGGAAAUUAGGGAAAAGGGAGAAUGUCUUGCAUGCAAAGACUUAAAAUUACCCAAGAGGGCUGUCUUGCAUGUGGUAGACCAGUCUCUGUAGUGAUUUAUUAUGAUAGACAGGUCAGAUUCUCUAUAUGGGCAAUACUUUUGCAAAUACGGAAUCUACCAUUUAUACCAUCAUAGAAAAGUGAAAUAUGGAGAAAGUGAGGGGUAUGUACCUGUUUUUUCUUGUACUGACUCAUAAUGAGAACAUGGUUUUCUUUCUGUUCCCUUGUACUUCACACAGACUGUUGUUCAUGAAUGACAUUUUUCUUAAUCAUGUUGGUUUCUUCUUAAUCCUUAAUCUGAAAGAUCAGUGGAAUUGCACAAUGACUAUCUGCACACCAGAGCUAAAUGCUGAGGAUGAAACUGGUGGGGGCCAAAUACUCUCUCAUGUCUACACUGUGAAAGAAAAAGCCCCAAGAAUACAGUUUUCAGGAGUCAGAUUGCAGCGGCUUCAGAGGUAGAAUGUAGAUCUGGGACAGUGUUUCUUUAUCCUGUCCCAAUGUGUCCCAACCAUCUGACCACCUCAUGGCCGUAUACUUUGGGAACAUGUAGUCCACCAAAGUAGAGAGCAGCCCAUCUAUCUGGUUGUUGCCCUCACAAGGCAUGGAAAUUAUCAGCACGCUUUGCAGUUGCAGUUGCUUAUCCCUCAUAACUUAUGUUAGUGUGAAAAGAGCCAAACCCAAGCAUCUUCAGAUAUUUUCAGAGGUGUGUGGAGACAGUAUUGCUUUCUGGGCUCUUGUUCCCAAGGUAUUCUGCUCCUCAAAAACUAGCAGACCCAUCCCAUAAUUAAGCUGUUUUACCCAUCUUGCGCCUGUCAUUGUGUCCUUUACUGUCAGAGGGUGUUUGUGGAUUGGGGGCAUGAAAUCCUUGUGUGGACAUUUGUUCAGCUGUUCGGUGCUGUGUAGCACAUCAGCUUGACUCACAUAUAACCAAAAGAAGAGGGAAUCCUGUGCUCUUGUACUGUUAACUCUUUGCCUUAUAGUAAGCCCUAAACCUUUGUGCUAUGUUGCAGUGCUAGUGAACCUACUGCCCAGAGACAUUAUCAUGUCGAAGCUGAGUGAAAUUCUCCUCCUCCUUUGUAUUUUAGCUACCUCACAGGGGUGUUGUGAGGCUUGACUAAUGUUAGCAAAGCACUUGAAUAUCUUCUUAUGAAAGGCAUUUAAAAGUGAAAAGUAUUAUUUUAUGCGGUUGACCAAACUCAACCUCAAUGCCAGUAUGUAGCGUCACAUUUUUAAUUUCUACUGAGAAAAUCACAUGCAGACUUUUUUUUAUAAUAAAAAAGCAACCCAAAUGCUAUUUAAUAUAACCUCUACCCUGUAAUGAAGGCCAAAAUGAUGAUAUCCAAAGAGUGUUCAGGAAGCCAAGCCCUCAAAUAGGAAUUGCUUGGAGGAUUUCAGAGAACGGAAGAGUGUGAAAUGGUCUGUCCCUUUACAGUUUUAUUCAGUACUGUCUUUGAUGACUUUUCUUUUCCAGAACCACAGAUUAAACCACAUACCUUGCAAGAUGCACAUAAAAGUUUCUGGUCUUCCCAAUUAUAAAGGAUAGGCUAACAGUAUAUUCCAAAGUCAAAAGUUCAUUACAGCCUGUGUGUUUUGCACAGUGCACAGAAAUUUCCACUCUUGCUCAUUUGAAUUGAAGUUCUUGCACAUUUAGCUGGUGUUGGAUGUAAAUUGAUAUUUUAGUGGCCUUGAGCAACUGGUCUACCACAGCUAUCAAGCCCCAAAUGUAUAUAUUAUACAUACCUAUUGAUGUGUUGCUUAUAUUUGUUGUAUUCUGGUGUUAGUAUUAUUGCUCUAAGGUUGAACUGGCCUUUCCAUUAUAAUUCUCUCUUAUGUUAUUUUUUAUGUUUUGUAUUUUGCUGUUUCACACUGAAUCAGGAUUAAAUUUAAAUGGAUUAAAUCUAAAAAAAUUAUAACUGUUUUCUGCAAUAUUCAAACACCCUGCAUUUGAUUAUAUGUCUUUAGAAACCUUUUUUUAAGAAGUUUCACACAGCUGUGUGUUAAAGAAUAGUUGAUUCCUCAUGGAAAGUUCUAAUACAGUCUGCUGAGUAAAGUCUAUUUAUCUUACUGAUUUUCUUUCUCUUUUACCAGUCCUUUUCUUCCCUUGUCCAUAUCUAAAGAUGGUCAUCAUGUUUGUGAUUAGGAAGCCAAAUGCUCCAUACUUUACAGCAUUUUCUAAUCCAGCUUUUUACUUUGUCCUUUCUAGUGAGAAGAGAUCAUGCAAAAUGUGAAUGCAGUGUGGACAUGGACCUGGGUAUCAUUUUAUAGAGUUUUGAUGAGGGUUGAAUCUCUAAUCAGCCUUUGUAUGACUCAGGAUCCUUUGUAGUUAUUAAUUGAUAUGGCUUCCUAAAUCAUAUGGGAAGACAUAUGAAUAGACAUGAUUCUAUGCCAGCAUAACGAAGUAGCUAUUGUGUUUUUAUGAAAUUGUCCACUACAAGUAUCUCGGCCUAUUACUUUGUAGCUGGUAGAAUGAUUCAUGUAUCCACUGCUAACAGCUGUUAAAAUGGUAGUAGGCACUAAUUGUGACUAGGGCAGAACACUGUGAAAACAUUCUUCUAAAAUGACGUCACUUCUGCUAUUACUGGGAGUACUUGGACAUUUAUUAUGAUAAAAAAAACUUCAUGUGUUCUCAACUAUGUCUAAAUUUGUGACCUUUGAUUAUCUUUUCAGUGAAUAUAGCAAGAAUUCUGAUACUAUGUUGAAAACUGAAGGUGAAUUUCGUGUAGCUUUUGCGCUGUUGUAGAUAUUUCACUGAUCUUUAGAGUGCCAAAGGAAAUACGCCCACUGAUGCAAUAGGGUGCUUUCACAGCAAAGAUCCUGAACCAUGCAAUUAAAUCUUUAGCAGUAAGUAAUAAAAAAUGAAAAGUGUGUAUGUAUGCGUGUGUGUGUGUGUGUAAAAUCCUCCAUAGAGAUACUUUUCCCAUAAAAAUCUAUAUUUGGCUAGAAUAAAGUGAAGCUAGUAUUUGCUGGGGAGGGUGCCUUUGUUUAGAUACCUGCAUAAUAAGGUUUUGGUUUUCCACAUGAUCAUAGAUGAUACUGAAAACAGACUUUGAGUCAAAUGUGCAAGUUUCUCUUGGAGGAAUAUGGAUGUGGGUUUGAAAACUGUUUAUAUAUGUAAUCAGCUCAGCACCCCUCCUGCUAUGAGUACUCACCAUGUCAGGCUGCCUGCCCUAAGCAGGGUAUAUAGCCACAGUGUCAGUAUGAGCAUGAAGGAGUAAAAGGACCAUCCAGGUGUGGGGCAGCCUGAAGAGAAUCUGUUUGCCCAGCUAUGGAUGGAGCAGUCAGAAAACUGCUGGCUGUGUCACCUGCCACUGCUGCCAGACCACCUGGGUUAGGAAGGCAGCUGGGAACCACUGAAAUGCAGAAAGGCUCCAUCCAACUUUCUUUCAGCUGUUUGGAAGAGGCAGAAGGUCCCUUUGCUGAGUAUGGGUUGUGGGUGAUCUUCAGAGGUGAAUGUCAUUGCCUUGUGCUAGCAGAAAGCAAAAGUGCAGCUAAUGAGCCUGCACUGCUCAGUAAAAAACAUAAGCCAUGAGCUCUGGCCACCCCAGCUGAAAAGUGCUGACCAAAAUGUUUGUAAAGGUCUAGGAUAUUAUAGUGUCCCUUCUUCAGAAGUAUUUUCAAACAGUCAAAUAUUUGAUUUUCAAGUAUAAAUAGGAUCACAGACACUCUUUUUCUUUAUGAUGUUUUUGUUAAUAUUUGAAAGUGUAUGAGGAGUUUCCCAGGCUUUUUUUCUAACAGGUGGUUUGGAAGGAAGUCACUACAAAUUAUUUGUGGUAAAAAUUCUAGUAAUAGUAGUAACUGUACUAAUACAAUUAAAAAAAAAAAAAUCACAUGCCUGUGCAAACCUGUAUGGCACCAGUGACUGUGUAGCACCCUUUUUGCAUACAAAAAUGUAAAAAAUUGGCCACUUUGUUUCUCAUAUGACUGUGCAAGGUUCUGUUUGUCUUAAUACCAGUUCUGAAACCCAGUGAAACCACUCUGACUUGAGCAAGUAGUCCAUGCUGACAGGAGUAAUUUUUUUUCAGUGGGAAGGGGAGAAAGGAUUUUUCACCAAAGUAAGGCCACAUGUCCUUGUUGGAACAGAAUUUAAAAAUCAAGUAUAUUUUGAAGAAUCUGGUUAAACUUGACUCUUGUCUUGUGUCUGUGCUGACAGUGGAGGGGGAUUCUGAGCUUGACCUCAGAAUAUGGUAACACAGUUUAGGUUGGAAUUCAAAAGACAUAUGGAGCCAGUUUCACUGAGAUAUGUUUAAGGAGAAUCACCCACACGAGAAGUGCUGUGAGUCAUAGCAAAUGUAAUUUCUUAGAAGAAAAGAAAUUUAUAUUUGACCAAUUUGUAAGUAGUGAAGUAAGUGUGACCUUGCCAAACUAUUUCAGAAUGCUUUGUUUAUUUCAUGUGUACCAUUUCCUAAGAAUAUCAAAGCAAUGUUGGUAGAGAACACAGGUGAGCAGCUUUGUGAGAGCAGAGGGGCUGUGCUUGAGCAGGCAGUCAUGAGCCAGGAGGCUUUUGCCAGAGUGCCCCAGCAUUUUCUGGACAGCAUCACUUGGAUUUGCCUGAUCAGGAUAGCCAUGGUACAAUGGACCAGGCCAGCAGCCAAGAUGCAGUCUCAGUUCUUUGUGAUACAUUUGACUCCACUUAAUAGGUUGGUAUCUGUAAUUUCAAAAUAAUCUGCAGCCAAACUGGUGGAGGGUAUGUGGCCACAGAGCCUCUGUUGGUGCCCAGUGAGGUAGAUCCAUUGAAGUGACUGAUGUGAAUUCUGGCUGAGGAUCUACCCCAUUGCUUCCAAAACAGCCCUGGAGGUGGCAGCUUGGCUGCUGUUCAGGAUGUUUUGUGCAUUUGUAUCUAGGUUUCAGUAGCACAUAUUGGAUGACAAAUGUUUUUUGUUUUCCUUUGGCUUUUCAUUAGAUUAAUACUUUGUGUUUGGUUCCAAUGUGAUAAAGCUUUAUAAUAUUUUUGAAGAACUGUAGAAUACUGUAUUGUGAAGGGUGUGGCUACUACACUCUCUUUUUCCUGCAAACAACAGAUUUCAGCAGAGAUGGACUUUCCUGGACUUAGACACUCAGUGAAAAAAAAAAAAAACCAAACUCUGACAGUUUCUAGUGGAAAAAUCAUUGUAAUUACUGUAUAACUACCCUGUAUAAAGACAGCUUUGUUAUAAGUGUAAAUGUAACUUUGCUAUGUUGUUGUCAUGUUUGAGAGACAAUAGGCUUUGGUGUGGGUGAGACAUACAGCCUUGUAAAAACAGAGAUGUAGCUCCCUGUCUGAUGUUUUACUGAAAGGUGUUCGGUUGCUCUAUUUUUGCAGACGAUAAAUAUAAACUGGUUCUCUGAAAACUAACUACACACACAUCAAUGACAUAAAUGGAUCAUAAUAUUGAAAAUAAAGGCUUGGUGAUAAAUUUCAUUAUUUUUCCAAAAGACUCCACAUGAAAGAUCUGUUGACACCUUAAGAAGAAAGAAGUCAUCCUGUAGCUGUUAAUGCUGGUUAUAAUGGAUGAGUCCCUCUGUUAAGUCUCUCUCAACCUUAGAUUAAUUCGGAAUACUGUCAUUAGAAUAACAUAUUUUUCCAUCAGUUCUCAAAUCUGUACUCUUUGGAAUUCAGGUUUUUGUCAUGUAAGAGGUGUCAUGUAAAUACAAUUCACCAGUGUUUUCACACAAACGUCUCUUGGCCGGAUCAGAAUGCCAUUUUCAUAUAGGGACAAUACAGAUGAUUGCAUUGUACCAUAUUUUUCUCUCUAUGGACUAUGUAUACAUGCAUGUAUAGCUUCUAGUUCUGGACAUUUUGCUUUGAAAAAGCAUUCAUUAGUUAUUUGUAUUUAUGGAUCUUGUUCAACAGUUUUAACUCAGCAAAACAGUUGGAUGUUAGGUGGGAUGUGAGGCUGUGUUGACCAAGACUCAGCCACAUAUAUAAAUAUGUAGGUAGUUCCACUGAUGUCUGUGGGAUUAAUCACACGCUUCAAAUUAAUGUAUAUUCAUUGUAAACUCAUGCAUAUGACUGAACUAGUAUUUCUGGAAAGUGAUUGAGGUUGAAACCUGUUUCUACACGGGUUUCAGGUGCUGUAUGAUGAUACGUUUUUGCUGAAUUUAAAAUCACAGCUUUAUAUCGAGCCAGCUGCUCUCUCUCCUUUUUUUUUUUUUUUUUUCCCCACAGAAAAGCAUAUAUUUUGCAUAGAGCAGGGAGGUAUUUACUGAUUCUCAGUAUAUCUAAAAUGCCACAUUGAACAAAGUUUUUCAUUUGUUGUUUGGAACAUUCUAGGAUUUUUGAAUAAAAGAAUUAUUCUUACAAUGCUAAGUAGUGAAUAUAGAACUAAUUAGAAAUUGAAACAUUAGCCAAAUAAAAUACAUUAAUUUCUGAGAUCAGUGUUUUCUGUUACAUGCCUUUAGAACUGAUUACAUAGAUAUGGGACUGCUGUGUGUUCAACAUGAAAUUUUUACUCCACUCUAAGGAGUGACUAAAUGGAUUUUUUUUUUUUAAGAGAAACUUGGUCUUCUGUAUUUUAAGCAAAAAAAAUUUGAAUUUUGUCUCUCAAAAUAAAAUUUUGUAUAGUAAUGUGUAAUUCAUCACUGUCUUAAUUUUCUGACGUGGAGACAUAGCUAAGAUAAAUAAUGCCUAGCUUUUUGAUUGUGUUCCCAUUUCCUUGAGAUAACAGUUUAAUAAUUCUGAGUAGAUACACUGAGGUUUUACAAUAAAAACCGUGCAAGAGAA